ACAGAUUCAAAUGCAAUAUAUAAGCCGAACUGGAAUAGCCUUUUAAUGAGACCUGAGGCUGCUGUGCAUGGGAUUGUCUGCCCGUCCGUGGGCAUGUUCGCAGUGCGUGUGCAGUCUCCCCACGCUGCUCCAGACACACCACCUUCCCUGGGUUGAGGGUGCAAACCUGCAUCCCGAGCAUCCCUGCGUGAGCUCGCGGCGGGGCUGGACGGUGGUCAGAUGGUGUUCCGGAGGUUUGAGGCUUCACAGGACAUAAGAUGUCGGUGAGCCAGCCGCCGUCGGGAAGAGCUGUGCCGUGUUUGCGCUGCAGAGGGACGUGCACGGGCUUCGAGCCACAUUCUUGGAGGAAGAUCUGCAAGUCGUGCAAAUGCAGCCAGGAGGAUCACAGCCUGAGCUCGGACGUGGAGGACGACCGCAAAAUCGGGCGCCUGCUGUCGGACUCCAAGUACGCCACGCUCACUGCCCGCGUCAAGGGGGGUGACGGCGUUCGCAUCUACAAGAGGAACCGCAUGAUCAUCACCAACCCCAUCGUCUCUCGGAAGGACCCCACCUUCGACACCAUCACGUACGAGUGGGCUCCCCCGGGGCUCACCCAGAAGCUGGCCAUGCAGUACAUGGAGCUGAUCCCCAAGGAGAUGCAGCCGGUGGCGGGAACGGACGGGGCGUGCUACCGCCGGCGCCAGCUGAUGCGGCAGCUCCCGCUGUAUGACCAGGACCCGGCGCAGUGCCGCGGCCUCGCCGACGGCGAGCUGCAGCUCAUGGAAGACUUCGUCAAGAAGUACAAGGCUGAGGCGCUGGGCGUCGGGGAGGUGGCACUGCCGGGCCAGGCCGGCGGGAAGGAGGAGGGGAAGGCGCAGGACAAGAGCAUCGCUGCCGACAAACCCCCCGAGGCCACCAAUGGAGCUCUGGAGCGCCCACCGGCCGGGGGACACUACCGCUGCGAGACCUGCAAGCAGGCGGUGCCGGGGGACUGCCCGGUGGUGUACGCCGACCGCGCCGGCUACUCGCGGCAGUGGCACCCGGCCUGCUUCGUGUGCUGCCGCUGCGCCGAGCCGCUCGUCGACCUCAUCUACUUCUGGAGGAGCGGGGCGGCCUGGUGCGGCCGCCACUACUGCGAGAGCCUGCGCCCGCGCUGCGCCGGCUGUGACGAGAUCAUCUUCUCAGAGGACUACCAGCAGGCAGAAGGGCUGGCCUGGCACAAGAAGCACUUUGCCUGCCAGGAGUGCGAGACGCUGCUGACGGGCAAACCCUUCGCCCUGGACAACACCAGCCUCCUGUGCACAACCUGCAGCAAGAGCAAGCGGCUCUGAGCGGGACUGGGGUCGCUGACAAGCACAUGAGAAGGGGAAAGUGAAACAAAAAUAAUACAUUAGAGCCUGGCUAUUCACUUGCAAGCAGCUAAGUGCCCCUUGCAUCCCAUCCAGCUUGCACGAGGAUAUUGCCCUGGGGGGAAGCAAAGGAGAGCGUACGCCUGCGGGUGGGAGGACACGGCGUACGUGCCCAGGAGGGACUGAAAAGGAGGUUCUGUGUUGUGCUGUGUUUUCUAAAGUCUCUCCAAGCUGCUUAUGACUAAGAUCUUGCAACAGUCUUUUGGAAAUAACACAUCUCAGUAGUAACUUUUGGCAUACUAAACCUACAUCAUGGUCAAAAAUGAGGGUUGUUCUUAUUUUUUUAAAUCCAUACUGGAAGUUUACUCUAACAGGCUGCUGAGAACUGUACUAAAGCAAUGGGUGUGAAAAAUGUUAUUAACCUGGGUGAUUACUUUCUGAAAGCAGAUGACGUAAAAUUGCAGCAACGCGUAGCUGUAGCUUUCUCCUCUGACGUGUACAAUAAUGUAAAAACCAACGUGUUUGGCACACGGGGUGAGUGUUUGAACCCUGGUGUGGAGAGAAGGGUGCAGCUCCAUCAGCUCCAGCCCUGGGCUGGAAUGCAGGCGCGUUCCUGGCAGGUCCCAGCUCCUGGCUCCCGCUGCCUGUGAUUGCAGCGCUUGCACAGAGCAGCAUUGUGUUCCCACCGCGAUGCUGGAGGUCGUCAGGCAUUUAAAGUAUGGGCCUUUAUUUCGGCUGGGUUUGACCAGGAGUUUUAUGGAGAACAGCUUUCCAGACUAAACUGUCUUGGGGGUGGGGGUUGUGCCUGAAAUGCCGCAACUCUCCUUUUUCCUGGUAAUACAUCAGUGACCCCUCCAAGAAGCGGGGAACCGAACCUUCCAUGGGAGCUGGCAGCACCCUGGGCUGGGUCCCCAUUGCCUCUGGGAUCUGAUGGGGUGACACCAUCCCAGGAUCCAGCACUGGUAGCACUUGUUCCCAAAGCUGUGCAAUGCUUCUGGUAGUCACUGAAAAUAUCAGAUAAUCCAUGCUGGCAGAUGUCUGCGUGCUCCAUCUUUUUUCUUACAUUAGAUGUCUACAUUAUUUGCCAGAGAACUGGAAUAUUUUUUGCAGAGGCGAGUGUGCAGGAGCUUGCACUUGCUAUGUUCUCUUUCUGCUGCAGAAGACAUGGGUUUCUCUUCAAAGUGUGCUCUGUGCUGUGGAUGUUUGCUUGCUUAUGGUAGAAUAACUUGCAAAUAAGGGCAGGGGGAAGCUGUGGGUUGGGAGCUGCCCUCCCUGCCAGUGUUGGGGACACUCUGCUCUGCUGCUGUGGGCAGCGGGUGAGACCCGUGUGCUGUAAAGACAAAUGUGUACCUGUGUGGUGAAGCCCUCGUGUGCCUCGUCCAGCCCUGUGCCGCUGCGUGGGUGACGUUCUGGGUGAUGUUCCUGGAAGCGCCGCAGUAUUUAAAGAGUGUGUGAGAUGCUGCUGCAUCCCGAGCUGGCAGCGAUGCUGGGGCUGCGGUGGCAUGUGGCACAGGGUAUCGUGAUCCUGGUGCUUCUGUCCAUAUCGGGUUGGUCAACAGAUGUGCUGAGUGCCUGGGGGUGUCGCUUCUGUAACCUCGGUCGGGUGCUGCAAGCCAGGAGAGGAUGUGUAGACCUGGAGUUGUGUGAGGAAUAAUAAAACUCCCUUGGAUACAGGCACUUUGGUUAUAAGUGAAGUGGGAAUGAAAAAUAAAGCCCAGUGCUUAGCUUUA